CGCAGCCCGUGCGGUGUCUGCGGCGGAGCCGCCCAGGUGCCCAAGAGGAUGGUGGCGGGGCCCUAAGCCGAGGCUCCCUAGGCUCCGAACCAUGACCUGCUGGCUGUGCGUCCUGAGCCUGCAGCUCCUGCUCCUGCCUGCAGCCCCGCCCCCGGCGGGGGGCUGCCCAGCUCGCUGCGAGUGCACAGCGCAGACGCGCACGGUGGCCUGUCCCAGGCGCCGGCUGACCGCUGUACCUGACGGCAUACCGGCCGAGACGCGUCUACUGGAACUCAGCCGCAACCGCAUCCGCUGCCUGAACCCAGGCGACCUGGCCGCCCUGCCACUACUGGAGGAGCUGGACCUGAGUGAAAACGUGAUCACUCACGUUGAGCCCGGGGCCUUCGCCAACCUGCCGCGCCUGCGCGUCCUGCGCCUGCGCGGCAACCUGCUCAAGCUCAUCCCGCCCGGGGUCUUCACGCGCCUGGACAACCUCACGCUGCUGGACCUGAGCGAGAACAAGCUGGUCAUCCUCCUGGACUACACAUUUCAGGACCUGCGCAGCCUCCGCUGGCUGGAGGUAGGCGACAAUGACCUGGUGUUCAUCUCGCGCCGGGCCUUCGCCGGGCUCCUGGCGCUGGAGGAGCUGACCUUGGAGCGUUGCAACCUCACAGCACUGUCGGGCGAGUCGCUGGGCCACCUACCGGGCCUGGGCGCCCUGCGGCUGCGCCACCUGGCCAUCGCUGCUCUGGAGGACCAGAACUUCCGUAGGCUGCCGGGCCUGUUGCACCUGGAGAUUGACAACUGGCCGCUGCUGGAGGAGGUGGCCCCGGGCAGUCUGCAGGGCCUCAACCUGACCUCGCUGUCGGUCACCCACACCAAUAUCACCGCAGUGCCAGCCGCCGCGCUGCGCCACCAGGCCCACCUCACCUGCCUCAACCUGUCGCACAACCCCAUCAGCACAGUGCCACGCGGCUCCUUCCGAGACCUGAUCCGCCUGCGUGAGCUGCACCUAGCCGGGGCCCUGUUGGCUGUGGUCGAGCCACAGGCUUUCCUGGGGCUACGUCAGAUCCGUCUGCUCAACCUCUCCAACAACCUGCUGUCCACGUUGGAGGAGAGCACCUUCCACUCAGUAAACACGCUGGAGACCCUACGUGUGGACGGGAACCCACUGGCCUGCGACUGUCGCCUGCUGUGGAUCGUGCAGCGCCGCAAGACCCUCAACUUCGACGGGCGGCUGCCGGUCUGUGCCACUCCCGCCGAGGUUCGCGGGGACGCGCUGCGCAACCUGCCGGACUCGGCGCUCUUCGAGUACUUCGUGUGCCGCAAGCCCAAGAUUCGAGAGCGGAGGUUGCAGCAGAUCACAGCCAUCGCGGGUGAGGACGUGCGUUUCCAGUGCCGUGCAGAGGGCGAGCCGGCUCCCACCGUGGCUUGGGUGACACCCCAGCACCGUGCGGUUACCAUCACCAGCACUGGCCGGGCGCGCGUACUUUCGGGGGGGACGCUGGAGAUCCGGGAUUCUAGGCCGCAAGACAGCGGCACCUACACGUGCGUGGCCAGCAAUGCCGGCGGCAAUGAUACCUACUUCGCCACACUGACAGUGCAGCCCGAGCCGGCCACCAACCGGACCCUGGGUGAGGGCCGCAACGAAACACUGGCGGCCGCGCGCUUCCCACUGGACCUCACCACCAUCCUGGUGUCCACAGCCAUGGGCUGCAUCACCUUCCUGGGCGUCGUCCUCUUCUGCUUCUUGCUGCUCUUCGUGUGGAGCCGGGGCCGUGGGCAGCACAAGAACAACUUCUCUGUAGAAUAUUCCUUCCGCAAGGUGGACGGUCCGGCCGCGGGUGCUGGCCAGGGAAGCGGCCGCAAGUUCAACAUGAAGAUGAUUUGA